CCACCAUAAAACGCAUGUGCGGACUCAAGGUGAAUGGCUUCUGCUGUACUAACGUUAGCUGUUGGUGAGCAGCUGUUGCGCUAACGUUAGCUGUGAAUAAGCUGGGUCUUCGUAAUACGACAGAGAAAGGAGUUACGAAUUUGUUUGUUCCUCACAGUCAGAGUGAACCUCUUGACACCAGGUUGAAGCUGAGCCAAAAUAGACGUGCUUGCUGUUGAUUCAUCAUCCACACAGAAACACAACUGGACCCUGCAAGCAGACACAGACGCACCAGAAUGGCCAGUGUGCUGUGCCGCAAAGCCAGGCUGGUCUCUUACCUCCCAGGACUUCAUGUGUUGGUGCAUCGUGUGGCUGGAGCCAGAGCCUUCUCUGCUGCUGGAUCCUCAGGCUCUGAUGAGCCCCAUGUAGCCAUCACUCCAUCUGACAUGGGACUGCGGACUGUGUGGCCUGAUGAGAGUAUGGGACCUUUUGGGCCCCAGGACCAGCGCUUCCAGCUACCUGGUAAUGUGGGUUUUGACUGCCACCUAGAAGGAUUAGCAAAGCAGGAGAAGAACCUGACACACAAGAUGGUCCCUGAUGUGCUGUCGGCCCCAUCCAGUAGUGAGAGACAUGAGUUCAUACUGGCCCAGUUCAUCGGAGACUUCUUUGAGAAAGAUGACCCGGACUCAUCUCAGAGUGUCAGUAGAGCUGAACAGUACUUUGACAAUGUCAGUGUGGAGUGUGCCAUACAGUCCUGCCCUGAGCUACUACAGAAAGAUUUCCAGUCCAUGUUUCCUGAGGCGCCAUCCUCUGGUAUGAUGGUGGUCACAGUUACCCAAAAGACCCAGAACGAUAUGACGUCAUGGUGUGCUGAGGUGGAACAAGAGAGAGAGCAGAUGCUUGACAAGUUUAUUGAUGGAGCGAAGGAGAUUUGCUACGCUCUGCAGAGAGAAGGAUUCUGGGCUGACUUUAUCGACCCAUCCUCAGGCCUGGCGUUCUUUGGCUCAUACACCAACAACACGCUGUUUGAGACAGAUGAUAGGUACCAUCACCUGGGCUUCCAGAUCGAGGACCUGGGCUGCUGCAGAGUAAUCCGACACACUCUGUGGGGGACACAUGUUUUUGUGGGGACAAUAUUCACCAACGCACCACCCAGCAGCCUUAUCAUGAAGAAGCUGCAGGCAGCUGAACAUAAACUCAGGGACACUGGGCUGCCACUGUACUAUGUAAAAACCUGUCUGGACUGUUUGGUGAUGGUAUCCAUUUUAACGCAAUCCUUCAAGAACAUUAUUAACUGACUCCUCAGUGUUUUUACCUUUGCAGCAUGUAUGUACAGAUAUUAGCUGAUAUUGAUUUAUAUUUAUAGAUACAGAUCUCACAGGUUGAAAUGCUGCUGUCAACAGAAUAAAGUGUUUCUUGACUGA